UUUCAGUUGGUUGCAAUCCACCAAUACACAGUUAAAGAAGAAGAAGUGGUUAGCAAGCGAAAGAUAUCUGGCUAGCGUUGGACAUACAUAUCGUUACACUUGAAACUGAUCAAUCAUGUCAGUGAAAUCGUGUUGUAUUUACAGUACGGGAGUGAUUUCUAUUCUAACUUUGAUAGCAGGCAUAGUUCUGGUGCUUUCGCAGGUGUUUCAAAAUAUCCUCAACGCGAAGAUAAAAAAGGAGAUUGUGCUCAGCAAUGGCACACAUGCAUUUGAUGUGUGGGAAAACCCACCUCCUCCAGUCUACAUGCAGUUCUACUUCUUUAACGUGACCAACCCGGCAGAGGUACUGAAGGGAGAGCGGCCUGCCGUUCUAGAGGUCGGACCUUACACAUACAGGGAGUUUCGUCCAAUGGAGCGAGUGACUUUCCUGGAGAAUGGAACCAAAGUGUCAGCUGUCAACACUAAGACCUAUGUGUUUCAGUCUGACAUGUCCAAAGGUCCAGAGAGUGACCUGAUCAGAACAGUCAACGUCCCAGCUAUGACGGUGAUGGGAAAAUUCAAGGAUACGUCAUUUAUUGCCAAUAUCAUCUCAUCUUACAUGAAGUCGGUCAAUGAAGACCUGUUCACUACACGCACUGUGGGAGAACUGCUUUGGGGCUAUGAGGAUGGCCUUCUCAAAGCUCUGAAAGUAGUGGACCCUACAUUAGAUGAUGUGUUUGGACUCUUCUACAAGCAAAAUGCUACAGAUGAUGGAGAGUAUGUGUUUCUGACCGGUCAACAGAGUUAUAAGGACUUUGCCGUUAUAGAUCAGUGGAAGGGCCAAAGCUCUCUGAAUUGGUGGACCACAGAUGAGUGUAACAUGAUCAAUGGGACCAAUGGGGCCUCCUUUCAUCCAAUCAUCACCAAGAACGAGACCCUCUACAUGUUUUCCUCUGAUCUCUGCAGAUCUAUCUAUGCCAUCUAUGAGGAGGAGAGCAGUGUGAUGGGUAUCCCAGGCUACAGGUUCUCUCCACCCAGCACAGUGUUUGCCAACACAACAGAGAAUGCUGGUUUCUGUUCCCCACCAGGGAACUGUCUGGGCUCUGGCGUGCUCCAAGUCAGUGCCUGCAAACAAGAUGCUCCGAUCGUCAUGUCUUCUCCACACUUCUACCAGGCAGAUGAGAAGUUUGUCAAAGACAUCUUCGGGAUGAAACCAAACAAGAAGCAACACGAAACCAUCAUAGAUAUCAACCCGCUUACAGGCAUCGUACUUCAGGCUGCUAAGAGACUUCAAGUGAAUGUGUUAGUUGAGAAGAUUCCUGUGUUUAGCCAAACAGGUGAUAUCAGGACUCUGGUGUUUCCUGUACUCUAUCUCAAUGAGAGUGUUGUGAUCGAUGAGGUAUCGGCCAAACAGCUGCAGCUGAUCGUGGCGGAGGGCAACGUAGUGGUCAACAUACCCUUUAUGCUGAUUGGCUUAGGCAUCCUCCUGGGCGUGGUCUUCAUGGUGGUCCAGUGUCGUCAACGGAUCCCAGAGAGCUCUUCUGCCGAACGCCAGCCCCUUCUGAAGUCCUAGUCCCACAAGAAGUAGAAUUCACUCCACAGGAAGUGGAAUCCUGGGAGGACAGGAUUAGGAUUGCCAUCCAUGUUUUGUUAACAAUAUCAAGGGUUCUGACUGUGUACUAUCUCCACUUUACCAGAUUUAAUCAGCUUCUACCCUGUAACCAUACCAUCACUAUUGACUCUACUGUAAGGCUUGAUCAGGAACCAGAUUGAGAAUUGUUUUAAUCUUUGAAAAUGAAUAGUUAAAAUACUUUCUAAAGUCUGACAUUUUAAUCCGUUUUUAUUUUUGUUUUUAUCCAAAAUUGUUUUGUUUUUUUAAACAUGAGUUACAAGGAAGCUGACUGUACUUUUUUUAUUUAAUAUUUUUUGUUGCUUUUAAAUGUUGUGUUUUAGGGUCACCCAGAGAGAUGCAACACUGAUAGUAGGGAAUGAGAGAGGAUAGAAGCUCGGGCAGAUUGCCAAGAUCAUGUCAGACAUUGAGAGGCUGUUGAAAAGAAUUGCAAUAUUAUUAUCAUCUAUCUCUAUCAUCAUUAGCAUUCGGAAUGUUGUAAAACUUCAAUUAAUAGCCUGGGUGUUUAUUUGCUUAAAUCACUUAGCACAACAGAUGUAUAUUAGAGACAGGCUUCUAUUUGAGCCAGGCGUCUAUUUCUUUAAUGCACACAACUUUUGUUAAUUUCCAUAGUUAAUUGUUUAAUUCCAGCAUUCACUUCCAGCAUUCUAAUCAUUUACAUACUGUCAAGUUUAUUUUCUGUUAGUAUGCCUCUAUGUUUCCUUGACAGAAUAAUGAUUCUCUUCUUUGACUGUGCAUUUUCAGAAGUUCUUAUUUUCACCACUAACUAGAGGGGCGAUCUGACAGGGGGUCUGUACUCCCGAAGUUGUUCACUGUUUUUGUGCUUGCCAGUUAGUUAGCCGUUCUCAGCUGUUAGCAGCCAAUGGCUAGAGGUUUCUUAAUGGCCAUUUAAAAACGGGUGAUUGCUAUAAUUUGAGUCAUUCCUGAAUUGUUUAAUGUAACAAGUCAAACCUCGUAAAUAAUUCAUUUAGAGCCCAGGCUUAUUUGAAAUGGCCUUUUUAUUUGCUGAAAUAUGUGCCGUCGCCUGGCUAUUAAAACGGACAGGUGGCUAUUUGAGACUUUUAAUUGAAGUUUUACAGUGUAUCAAAAACAUCCCCCAUUUGGACUGCUGAUGUUAGAGCAGGGAAGUUAUUCUUAUAUUACACUCCCCAGUGACAUUGUCACUUUUAUAUAUGUUUUUAUACUGCUUGUCGGCCUAUGAGGAAUGAUCUGUCUGGUCGGCCUAUGAGGAAUGAUCUGUCUGGUCGGCCUAUGAGGAAUGAUCUGUCUGGUCGGCCUAUGAGGAAUGAUCUGUCUGGUCGGCCUAUGAGGAAUGAUCUGUCUGGUUUGUGUGAAAUAAUAAGAGCUACAGGGUAGGGGUCAAUUCCAUUUAAAUUCAGGUGGUUAACUGAAAUGUAAAAAACAAAACUGACUGAAUUGAAAUGCAAUUGAACCAAACACCUGAUGAGGUCAUACUACUUUAAUUAAAAAAGUUUUUCAGCCCUUCUGAUUUAUAACUACGUACCUGCAUACCUAUAGGGGACGUUAUCAACAUUUUAUCAAACAGAUCAGUGAAUCUGUACGUACAUCAGGAAAGGUAUUUAGUCAGCAGGCAUUGGAAUCCACUGUUAAAUAUAUCAUCGCUAAUUGAUACCUUGUCAAAAGAGUACUAAGUAAGAGUAUAGACGCAUGAGAAAAUACAGAAUAUUUGCAUGACAACAAUGUUCUGCUGCUGGGCUUGUGAUCACUGAGAGAAGUGGUAAAUCAUAUGCUGUGUGAUAUUCCUGCUUCCAGAAUCUGCAUUUUAAAACGUUGUUUCCAAUUUCUUUAUUCGUUUGUGAUGAAUCAGUUUCACAACAGACAGGCAUGUGUAUUCUUGUCUAUUUUAGAGUGUUAAGAGUAUCAGUAACAUUUCAACUAGCUAUCUCCUAACCUUUAUCCUAACCCUAACCUUUGUCCUAAACGUAACCAUUACCCUAAACUCUUAUUCUAAACCUUAACACUAACUGUAACCUUAGCAAACAGUUGCUUAUCAACAGAUGGUAGAUCAACAGACGGUAGAUCAACAGACGGUAGAUCAACAGACGGUAGAUCAACAGACGGUAGAUCAACAGACGGUAGAUCAACAGGUAGUUUGUUGGUAGUAUGACCAUCUCUAGAGCAUCCAAGUAAUGUUAACAACUCUGAUAUGCUCCGAUCACUCAUAUGCAUAGUUGCAGACUGCUUUUUUCUUAUUCAUUUUUCUGUCUAGCAUCUGAACUAGUAUGAAUUAUAAUUGUUAUUGGAUAUGUGUAUUAUUAUUUUGCUCUAUGAGAGAGAGAGAGAACCUGCAUGGCUUUUGUUGUUGUUGUAAGAAACAAUAAAAUACUUUCACUACCAUGUCACAAAAAAA